UGGAGUUGCUCCCUCAAAGCGGAGGUGAGGCCGGACUGAGGCUCUUACAGUGGUCCCUGCUGGCCCUUGGUGACGGGUCGCGUCAGUUCCGACCCGGACCCGUACGCUGCUGCGCUGACGUGGCUCCUGGAAGUAGGGCUGGCGUAGGGCCGCCAUGUUGCAGCAGGAUAGUAAUGAUGACACUGAAGAUGUUUCACUGUUUGAUGCAGAAGAGGAGACGACUAAUAGACCAAGAAAAGCCAAAAUCAGACAUCCAGUAGCAUCGUUUUUCCACUUAUUCUUUUGAGUCAGUGCAAUCAUCGUCUAUCUUCUCUGUGAGUUGCUCAGCAGCAGCUUUAUUACCUGUAUGGUGACAAUUAUCUUGUUGUUGUCGUGUGACUUUUGGGCAGUGAAGAAUGUCACAGGUAGACUAAUGGUUGGCCUACGUUGGUGGAAUCACAUUGAUGAAGAUGGAAAGAGCCAUUGGGUGUUUGAAUCUAGAAAGGAGUCCUCUCAAGAGAAUAAAACUGUGUCAGAGGCUGAAUCAAGAAUCUUUUGGUUGGGACUUAUUGCCUGUCCAGUACUGUGGCUGAUAUUUGCCUUUAGUGCACUCUUCUCCUUCAGAGUAAAGUGGUUGGCGGUGGUUAUUAUGGGUGUGGUGCUACAAGGUGCCAACCUGUAUGGUUACAUCAGGUGUAAGGCGGGCAGCAGAAAGAAUUUAACCAGCAUGGCUACUUCAUACUUUGGAAAGCAGUUUUUAAGACAAUUUUCAACAACAACAAAAGACGUGAAGAAACAGCAAUUAUAGCCGCCUAUAUAUGGGGGAAAAAACUUAGAAAACAGAAACCACCGUGAGAAAACCCAGACAUUAGAUCUAUUAAACAAAAAGUUUGUCAACCUUUAAAUAUGCUUUAAAAACUAAAGUAAACCAUGGACAAAGAACACGAGAAAGGAAAAUAAUGUAUAAACAAAGUGAAAGUAUCAGUAAAUAGAAAACAUGAAAAAUUCUGGAGCUGAAAAAUUUCUUAGAGGGGUUUACAGAUUUAAACAGGCAGAAGAAUCAGCAAAUUUGAAAAUAGGACAAAUGUAAUUAUCCAGUCUGAGGAACAGAAAGAAAAAAGAAUGAAGAGUGAACAGAGCUUGAGGGAUCUGUGGCAUGCUAUCAAGUUACCAACAUACGCAUUAAAGGAGUUCCAGAAAACGAAAAGAAAAAGGCAGAAAUAAUAUUUGAGGAAAUAAUGGCUGAGACUUCCCAAAUUCAAUGAAAUACAUGAGCUACACAUUCAAGAAGAUCAACACAUUAUAACUAGGAUAAACUCAGAGAUCUAUUACUAAACACAUUACAAUCAAGCUGUCAAAAGCCAGAGACAAAGACAAUCGUUAACGUAGCAGGAGAAAAACAACUUAUCACAUACAAGGGAUCCUGUGUAAUAUUAAAUGCCUGCCACUCAUCAGAAACUACAGAGGUCAGAAGGCUGUAGAAUGACAUAUUCAAAGUGCUAAAAGAAAAAAACUUAACAGAGAAUUUUAGAUCCAGCAAAACUAUCCUUCAAAACUAUAAGAAAGUAUGAGCAUGGUGGCUCACACCUGUAAUCCCAGUACUUUAGGAGGCUGAGGCAGGAGGAUUGCUUGAGCCCAGGAAUUUGAGACCAGCCUGGGCAACAUGGCAAAAAGCCAUCUCUACAAAAAAUACAACAAACAGCUGGGUGUGGUGGCAUGUGCCUGUGGUCCCAGCUACUCAGGAGGCUGAGGCAGGAGGAUCACUUGAGUCUGGCAGGUUGAGGCCUUGAUUGUGUCACUGCACUCCUACUUGGGUGACACAGUGAGACACCCUCUCAAAAAAAAUAAAAAAAAAAAGUGGAAAUUAAAACAUACCCAGAUAAAAACUAAGAGAAUUCACUGCUAGCAGACCUGCCUUACAAGAAAUGCUAAAAGACAUCCUUCAGACUGAAAUGAAAGGACACUAGACAAUAACUCCAAUCCACAUGAGGAAAUAAAAAGCAUCAUUAAAGGUAACUACAUAGGUAAAUACGAAAUAUAGUGUAAAUGUAUUUUUGUUUGUAAUUCUUUUCCUGUCUGACCUAAAAGACAACUACAUAAAGCAAUACUUAUGAAAUAAUGUUGAUAGGGUUAUAACUUAUAAAAGAUGCAAUUUGUAUGAUGAUAAUAGCACAAAGGAGGAGGAAGGGAAUAGAGCUAUACCAAAGUUUUUGAGUAUUAUUGAAAUUAGGUUGGCAUUAAUCUGAACCUACUUUAUGUUAAGAUAUUAAUCAUAGUCCCUAGGGCAACCUCUAAGAAAAAAAACUCAAAAAAUACAAUAAGAGGAACAAGAAGGAAAUCAAAAUGAUAUACUAGAAAAUACCUAUUUAAUACAAAAGGCAGUAGUGGAGAAAUUAAAUCAAAAGAUAUAAGAUGCAUAAAAGGAAAAGAGCAGAUAUCCCACGAAUGACUCCCACCUUAUCAGUAAUUAUAUUAGAAGAAAACCAGUUAAAUAAUUCAGUCAAAAGACAGAUUUGCGGCUGGGCACAGUGGCUCACGCCUGUAAUCCCAGCACUUUGGGAGGUCUAGGUGAGCGGAUCACUUGAGGUCAGGAGUUCAAGACCAGCCUGGCCAACAUGGUGAAACCCCAUCUCUGCUAAAAAUGCAAAAAUUAGCUGGGGGUGUGGUGGCGGGCACCUGUAAUCCCAACUACUCUGGAGGCUGAGGGAUGAGAAUCACUUGAACCCAGGAGGCGGAGGUUGCAGUGAGCUGAGAUCACACCACUGGACUCCAGCGUGGGUGACAGUGAGACUCCAUCUCAAAAAAAACCCAAAAAACAAAAAACAGAUUGGCAAAAAACAUGAUCCAGCUAUACGUUGUCUGCAAGAGGCACACUUUAGAUUCAAAGACACAGGUAGAAAGUGAAAGUAUAGAAACAGAUAUACCAUGCAAACAGUAAUCAAAAGAUAGCUGGAGUGACUAUGCUAAUGUCAAACAGUAGAUUUUAAGGCAAAAACUUUCAAGGGACAAAGAAGGACAUCACACAUUGGUAAAAGGACCAAUUCAUCAGAAAAACAUAACACUUAAAAACAAAUAUGCACUUAAAAAAUCCCACACAUGAAACAAAAGCUGACAAAACUCUCCAUAUUGAAUAAUUAUUAACAAUUAAUUUACUUUUUUUUCUUUGAGACAGAGUCUCACUCUAUCACCCAGGCUGGAGUGCAGUGGCGCUGACUCGGCUCACUGCGACCCCCUGCUCCCAGGUUCAAGCAAUUCUCCUGCCUCAGCCUCCCGAGUAGCUGGGAUUACAGGCCUGCACCACCAUGCCAGGCUAAUUUUUGUAUUUUUAGUAGAGAUAGGAUUUCACCAUGUUGGCCAGGCUGGUCUCAAACUCCUGACCUCAAGUGAUCUGCUUCCCUUGGCUUCCCAGAGUGCUGGGAUUACAGGCGUGAGCCUCUGAGCCUGGCAUAACAAUUUACUCUUAAUAAUUAUUAAUAACUAAAUGAGAUAAUCCACAUAAAAGAGUAAGCAUAGUCCCAGGUACACGGUAAGCACUUGAUAAUGAUAACUCUUAUUUAGAAAGAAAAACUGAGUUGCUUUGCUAGUUAAAGGUAAAGAAGUCAGAAAAUCUAGCAAUAGUGGCUGGAGACAUCAACACUUCAUUUAUAAUAAUGCAUAGAAGUAGGCAGAUGAUUAACUAGGAAAAAGAGGAUUCAAAAGCACUAUAAACAAACUAAAUCUGCCAGGCACGGUGGCUGAUUUCUGUAAUCCCAGCACUUUGGGAGGCUGAGGCGGGCAGGUCACUUGAGGUCAGGAGUUCGAGACCAGCCUGGCCAACAUGGUGAAACCCCGUCUGUGCUAAAAAUACAAAAAUUAGCUGGGUGUGGUGGCGCAUGCCUGUAAUCCCAGCUACUUGGGAGGCUGAGGCAGGAUGAACUCGGAAGGUGGAAGCUUCGGUGAGCCAAGAUCACGCCACGGCACUCCAGCCUGGGUGACAAAUGAGACUCCAUCUCAAAGAAACAAAAAAACCCAACAGACAUCUGUAGAGACUCUGUCCAACAACAGCAGAAUACACAUUCUACUCAAAUGAACGUGGAACAUUCUCCACAAUAGACUAUAUGUUAGGCCAUAAAACAGGCUUCAAUAAAUUUAAAAUAAUCGAAGUCAUACAAAGUAUAAUCUUUGGUCAAAAUGGAAUUAAAUUAGAAAUGAACAACACAAGGGAAUUUGGGAAAUUCACAAAGAUGUGAAAAUUAAACAACAUACUGCUAAAUAACCAGUGGGUCAAAGAAGAAAUCACAAGGGAAAUUAGAAAAUACUUUGAGAUUAAUGAAAAUGAAAACACAACAUACCAACACUUAUGGGAUGCAGCUAUAACAGUGUUUAUAGAGAAAUCCAUAACUGUAAACACUUAUUUUUUUUAAACAAGAGAUCUCAAAUCAAGUCUCACCUUUCAUCUUAAAAAACUAGAAGAUGACCAUAGUAAAUCAAAGUAAGCAGAAGGGAGGAAAUAAUAGAUUAGAAAGGAAAGAAAAAACAUAAAGACUUGAAAAACAGUAGAGAAAACAACAAAACUAGAAGUUGGUUCUUUGAAAGGAUUAGCAAAAUUGACAAACCUGGCAUCAGAUUGAAAAAGAUACCACUACUGUUUACUGAAAAAGCAGUCCUUACUGAAUGCUUUUGUAAAGCGAUUGGUUAUCCCAAUAGAAUAUACAUCACUUUAUACCUAUUUUUUGUGUGAACAUUCUGUUAUGUAAGCAUUCGAACAUUGUUUUUUCUCCAAAAAGUGCUUUCCACGAAUUGUUUCAUCCUCGUGACAUUCUUAGAAUGCAGAAGCUGUUGUAUUUAGUAAACUGUAAUCAUUAAGAACUUGUAUUUGAUUCAGGCAGAUCUGAGUUGUGGAUCCAGUUCAAUAUCCUUUUUUAGAUUUUGAGAAAGUCCCUUAUCCCAUUUUUACAGAUGAAGCAGCAGGCUGAGAGUCAUAAGCACAAGUAAAUACUUACCCUCUUGAGGUGGAAGGAGCUUGUGAGGAUUAAAUGAGAUAACUCGUGUAAAAUGUUCAGUAUAGUCCCAAGCCCACAGUAAGCACUUGAUAAUGGUAACUUGCUCAGAUGGAAAACCGAAUUGCUAAGCUAAAGGUGCAGCAGUCAGGAGAGCUAACCCCUAGUUAAGUGGCUUCUCUUUUAAUUUAGAUUCUCAUCUAGUAUAUGGCAUGGAUAAUCCAAAUGCAGCAAAACAGUCAAUUAUAGGAAAGAAUGCUGAUUUCAUUUUAUUUUUUAUUUUGUUUAGAACAAGUUAAAGAUGAUAGAAGAAAAACUUUAAACAAAAUAAAUGUAACGGAGCAAAGAAUGAUUCAUGGGAAUUGGGCUUUGCUCUGAAACAUGGGCAGUGAGUAUUUACAGGCAGAAAAAGGCUGAAGAAUGCAGAAACAAAGAACACAAAGUGGAUUGGUUUCUUCAAAGUUACUUUCCUUGUGAAGGUUAAAGUAGGGGGACUUCCUUAUCAGGCAGGCUAAAACUGGCUGUUCGGAGAUGUGGCUAUUAUCUCCCUCUCGCUCCUGAUUUCUUGGAAGAUCAGAUAACAAUGUAGUUUUGGCUUGGUGGCCUGGAACUUUACCGUGAGUAACUCCAUUUUGGUUUGGUCUACUGGGGCCUAGUGCAGGAACUUACUUCAAACCAACGACCUCCUAUAAAUUUUAUUUAACAGAGAUCAUAAGUUUAUGAGCCGGUAACUUACUAUAGCAUUCAUUUCUAAUUUAUAGUUAAAACACAUCCUGUUAUUUAUUUUUUUCACAUAAUUGUUGAAAUCCAACACAGCUACGAAUGAGUCUUAAUGUUUUUUAAACAUUUCUUCUAGGAUGUUGCCUUUCUCCCCAAGCCCCAGUUCCCUCUUGCUUGUAGCUUGCACUUGGUCCUCUAGAUGGCAACAUACUAACAUAUGAUGUAAAUGAAACCAACGCAUACUGGAGCAGCCAAUUUACUUGGUUUAGUAAGAAAUGAUGGUUUUCCUACAAGUGGUGAGUUAGGACUAAAUCCAUGCAUCUUAUUGUGAAAUUAGUCAAAAUCAGUGCCAGGGAAUGAAUAGAUGCUGAAUAAAUAAGUACAAUAUAAUACCCACAGUGUACCAGAGAUCAAGCAAGACAGGUACCGUAGACACAGUCAGACAUAAGAAGAACUAUGAGUGCUAUGUGUCUACCUUCCUGAUCUCGGCAAACCCUGCCAUUUAGCAAGUGAGGAAACUGAGGAUUGGGGGAUCAGUAGCUUUCCCGGGGUCAUGUAACUAGAGAGAGGUGAAGCCAGGACUUGUCAAUGGUGAGGCUUCGAUGAUGAGCUUGAAUUUAAGAUAUGUCAGAUUUGAAGCCAAUGGAGCAUAUCAAAUUAGCAAAGUGCAGUGGAAACCUGGAACUCAACCUCAGGAUUAGGCCAAAGGUAUACAUUUAAGAGGCAUCUCUGUAGAGCAGAGUCAAAGCUGUAACAAUGUAGGAGUGGUCUACAGCAACUGUGUCUGUUAAAGAGCUGAUAACUGAAGUGUAAUUCCCAAAGACCAAGGUGAUAUGGCAGUGGGUAAAGGGCAUACGCAGUGCAGACAAACAUGAGUUUAAAUCCUGGCUUCAUACUUACUUGCUGUGUUGGUCAUGGGCAUUUAACCUCUUAAAUAUCAUGAGAUACUUAAUCUCUUUGACUCUUUGCAAUAACCUUGUGAGGGAGAUACUACCACCAUUUUACAGAUGAGGAAACUGAGGGUUAGAGAAUGUAGGAGUUGACCCAAGGUCAUGGUGCAUCUAGUACAUGAUGGAUCCAAGGUUCCUAUCUGGACAGUCUGCCUUAGGCUUACAGUGCUAAGCACCACAUGCAGUUUCCCCAAUCAUACACCUUAGGACACCACCUUUGUAUGUGGGUCUCGUGCCAGAGAUGAACGUGGGUGCAUGCACAUGCGUGUAUGCACACACACACACACGCACACACACACACGGAGAGAUUUAUUUCAAGGAGUUGGCUUACACAGUUGUGGGAACUGACAAAUCCAAAUUCUGUAGGGCAGGCCAGCAGGCUGGAACUCUCAAGCAGGAGCUGAUGUUGCAAUCUUGAGGUCAACUUUCUACUUCCUCAGGAAAAUCUUAGUUUUGUUCAUAAGGCCUUUAACUGACUGGCUGAGACAUUCCCACAGAGUAAAAGAGCAAUCUGUUUUACUCAAUGUUAACAGAUUGUAGAUGUUAGCCACAUCUAUAAAAUAGCUUCAAGGCAAACAACACCUACAUUAGUGUUUGAUUAAAUAACUCAGUACUAGCCAAGUUGACACAAAAAAUUAACCAUCACACGCUUCCAGCUGUCUGCAAACGCUAUGACAGCAGGAAGCCUAUCUUUGUCAUUCGCCUUCCCAUUGUCAGUGCAUGACCCAGUGCCGGGCACCUAAUGGCACUCAAUAAACAUUUAUUGGGCAUGUGCCCGCCUUUUAACAGUGUAGGUGAAACCAUUGUAUACAUGCUGUUUUCAACUGCUGACCUGUGCUAGGUACAGAUUUUCAAUGUGUUCAACUCACACAUUACUUUCUCUGGGGCUCCCUGGAUGGAGCAGUGGAAGGACUGAUCUCAAAGCAGGAGACAGAGACACCUCAUUCCUGGAGAUCUGGCUUGGCCAACUGGGUAGUUUUCCUUUUCAGAAGAUGAAGCAACUGAUGGUCAUUGCCAGAAGCCAGGAGGAGGGCUGCCACUGCCAAGAGCCGAGUGGUGGUCCUGGUAGGACACUGCUCAUGCACUGUGACUGUUCUUAGGUUUCAGCUGGCAUCUGUUUCCAGCUCUUGGUGCUAUUUGCAACCUUGUGUCUUAGGAGGAAGGCAUAAAGGUUUUCAAGCAGCAAAACCUUCCAGGGUUAGUUAAGAGUGUUUCACUGUGGAUCUAUGAGCACCUAUAGCCACUGUGUGCAUCCGUCUGGGACCCCAGCAGCUGCUUCUGAGAAAACAGAGGGAUGGAGAAGAGGACGCCACCCAGAUGGUGGAAACAUCUAUCAAAAGUUAGGAUGUCCUCUGGAAAGCCUCUUUGGGUGUCUGAUUUCAUAUCUCCUUCCUCAUCAGAGAAUGGCGUCGCCUCCUAUUUGAUGAGAAUUUAAACACAUCUAGAGCAUGUGCUUGCCUUUUCCUAUCUCCUGCCUCUGGGAUCACAUCAUACUGCCUCCAAGAAUCCUGUCCUUAACCCCCUUGCUUAGAAUUUACAGCAUAGCCUGGAAACAACCAAGCAUUCAUCUUUAUUCUGAAGUACCUAGAACAGAGCUGGAUCUGUGACAGAUGCUCAAAGGCUGUUUAAUCAAACAGGAAAAACUCAUAUUUGGAGUAGGGAGUAGGGGGAGGCAAAAUGGUACUCUCAAUGAAUUAUAAUAUUUUAAAAUUUGUCUAAUAGAGAAUAUAAAACAAACCAGAGAAGCAUAAAGGAAGGUCAUGCUAAUUUUCAUGAGGUAUUUUCUAACUCCAGGAACAAAAUGGUGAAAGGGCAUUCUAAGUCAAAGGAAUUUAUCAUGUAAAGACGGGAGUAACACACACACACACACACACACACACACACACACACACACCCCACUCUGCUACAACCACAAGAAACACUUUGUUGUUAUUCAAAUGCACCAAGCUCUCUUCAGCAGUGUUUUGUAGUGCGUAUAGGACAUCUUUGAAAUAUUCUGGAUAUUUAACCUUUGUCUUCUUGGCAUGUUAAAAAUAUCUUCUGGCGGCUGGGCGCGGUGGCUCACGCCUGUAAUCCCAGCACUUUGGGAGGCCGAGGCGGGCGGAUCACGAGGUCAGGAGAUCGAGACCAUCCUGGCUAACACGGUGAAACCCCGUCUCUACUAAAAAUACAAAAAAUUAGCCGGGCGUGGUGGCGGGCGUCUGUAGUCCCAGCUACUUGGGAGACUGAGGCAGGAGAAUGGCGUGAACCCGGGAGGCGGAGCUGGCAGUGAGCCGAGAUUGCGCCACUGCACUCUAGCCUGGGCGACAGAGUGAGACUCUGUCUCAAAAAAAAAAAAAAAAAAAAUCUUCCAGCCAGGUGCAGUGCUCAUGCCUGUAAUCUCAGCACUUUGGGAGGCCAAAGGGGGUGGAUCACCUGAGGUCAAGAGUUCAAGACUAGCCUGGCCAACAUGGUGAAACCCGUCUCUACAAAAAUACAAAAAUUAGCUGGGCAUGGUGGCGGGUGCCUGUAAUCCCAGCUACUUGGGAGGCUGAGGCGGGAGAAUCGCUUGAACCUGGGAGGCAGAGGUUGCAAUGAGCCGAGAUCGUGCCACUGCACUCCAGCCUGGCAACAGAGCGAGACUCUGUCUCAAAAAGAAAAAAAAAAAGAAAAAAAAGGCCUGGCGGGGUGGCUCAUGCCUGUAAUCCUAGAACUUGGGGAGGCUGAGGUGGGUGGACUGCCUGAGCUCAGGCAUUCGAGACCAGUCUGGGCAACACAGUGAAACCCCAUCUCUAUUAAAAUACAAAAAAUUAGCUGGGCGGCAUGCACCUGUAGUCCUAGCUACUCGGGAGGCUGAGGCAGGAGAAUCACUUGAACCCGGGAGGCAGAAGUUGCAGUGAGCCGAGAUCGCACCACUGCACUCCAGCCUGGGCGACAGAGCGAGACUACGUCUCCAAAAAAAAAAAAUUCUGCUCUAUAACUUCACUUUUAACGUUGUUUAGGGAGUUUUUUGUUUGUUUGGUUUGUUCUUUUUAGAGGGAAUCUCGCUGUGGUGAUGCACAGGUGUGCACCACCAUGCCUGGCUAAUUUGUGUAUAUUUGUAGAGAUGGGGUUUCACCAUGUUGGUCAGGCUGGUCUGGAACUCCUGACCUCAGGUGAUCUGCCCACCUUGGCCUCCCAUUGUGCUGGGAUUACAGGUGUGAGCCACAGUGCUUGGCCAGGAGUGUUUUGACUUAUAUAAGUUUUUUCAAAAAUGUAGCCAAACUUACCAACUUUUAUGACUUCUCUUUUCAAUAUUCAUUGAAAACACUCUUUAUCAAUGUAAUAAUGAUAUGCUACAUUUUCUUUUAAAGUUAUAAAAUGCUGCUUUUCAUAUUUAUCUUUUAAAAUUAUCUAGAAUUUAUCUUGGCAUAUAGACUGAAGUAGGGAUCUCAUUUUAUCUUUCCCCAUGUAGACAGCCAAUUGUAUCAGCACCCUGUAUUGAAUAAUCCAGAUUUUCCUCACUGAUUUGUGAUGCCAUUCUGUCAUAUACCAAGUUCCUCGUGUGAAUAGGUCUGUUUUUUCCUUAUUUAUUUAUAGGGGUACUUUUUGUUUUCUGAAUGCUAAUUCUUUGCCACUGAUAUAUAUUGUGAAUGUCUUAUCUCACUUUGAAUUUCUCAUGAAUAGCAGCUCAAUUAAAAUUAUCAAUCUUUUAUAGUUUCUGUUUUAUGUUUCAUAUUUGUGAAUUUCCUUCUUACCCUAAGAACAUAAAGAUAUUCUCCUAUAUAGUCUCUUAAAUGUUUCAUAAGUUAUGUCUUUAAGCCUCCUCAAAUUGAUUUUUUUGGUAUGGUGUGAGGUAGAAUCUGUAGUAAUUUGUAUUAUUUGCUCACAAUUCUUUCUUUCAUUCCUGCCUGUGCCAUGAUUCAUUUUGGGCAGAAUAUACUCCACUUCCCCACUGUCUUUUAGCUUAACCACGUGACUUGUUUUGGUGAUUAGAAUGUGAGCAGAUAUAAUGUAUGUCCCACCCAAUAAGAAACUUUAAAUGUGUGGUUUGAUUUACUCUCGUGUAUUCCUUACCUGCAACAUGAGAAGUGCAUGCCCCGGGUGGCCACACUCCUUCAGCUUGGGUCAGAGAAUGAGAGACAUGUGGAGUAGACCUGAUCUGACCUCUGUGUGACUUAUAGACCUCUGUGUGACAAAUAUGUUUGUCAUUAUAUGCUACUGAGAUUUGGAAGUUGUUUGCUGCACAGCAAAAUUGCAGCAACAUGGCUAACACAGAAUCACAUUUCUUUUUAUGUCCCAUGUGGCUAACCAAUUACUGAAAUAUCUGUCCUUUUCACAUUAAUCUCCAAUGCCAACUCCAUCAUAAACUAAGUUUCUCUAUAUAUGUGGUUCUCUUUCAUGCCUCUCUUUUCAGUUACAUUUCUCUAUUUGAAUAUCCCUAUACCAAUACCUACUAACUUAAUUAGUAGAGAUUAUAAUAAUUUUUUUUUUUUUUUUGAGACGGAGUCUCGCUCUGUCGCCCAGGCUGGAGUGCAGUGGCGUAAUCUCAGCUCACUGCAAGCUCCGCCUCCUGGGCUCACGACAUUCUCCUGCCUCAGCCUCCCAGGUGGCUGGAACUACAGGCACCCACCACCACGCCUGGCCAAUUUUUUUGUAUGUUUAGUAGAGAUGGGGUUUCACCAUGUUAGCAGGAUGGUCUUGAUCUCCUGACCUCGUGAUCUGCCUGCCUCGACCUCCCAAAGUGCUGGGAUUACAGGUGUGAGCCACCGCACCUGGCCAGAUUAUAAUAAUUUUAUAAUCAACUUGUUAAGUACCAAAAAAGCUCUGCUAGAAUUUUGAUCAUAACUCCAUUGAAACCGUGUAUCAAGUGGGGGGAAUUCUCAUCUUUGUAAUAUUGAAUCUUCUGAUCCAUGAACAUUGUAUGUCUCUUAAGUCCUUGAUUUCUUUAAAGUAAAGUUUUUAUAAUUUUCUCUAUAGAGGUCUUUUCUAUUUGUGGUUAGCUUUAUUUUUGGGUACUUUACAUUUUCUGUUGCUAUCAUUAGUAGUAUUUUAUGCCAUCACAUUUUUUUAAAGGUUCAUUUUAAAUGUAUAUACUUUAGGAUUUUUGUGUAGAUAUUUUGGGAUUUUUAUCUAGACAAACAUGCAAACUGCAAAUGAUGACAGAUUUUUUUUCCUUCAUUUCCAAUCUUCAUAUUUUUUUAUGCGUACUGCUUUCACUAGGAACUCCAGUAUAAUUUUGUAAGGACAUGGUGGUAUCAAGCACCCUUGCUUGCCUCCAGUAUUAAGGGGAACAUUUAUAAUAUCACAGUUAACGGUAAAAUGUUGAAAGCUUUGUUUGAACAUGUGUGGAUGUCCACUUUCAGCCAUAAUGUGAUAACAAGAACCAGACUUAUCCUCCCACUGUGAGUAACUAGAAAGUGGACAAGAUACAUAAAAUAACUUAUUUCAGGAAGUACAUGAUUGUGAUCCCUGGGAAAAUGGACAUAAGUGAAAAGAACCCUAUAAUUGCCUUGGCUUUCUACCUGGAGGCAAUUUCUGACAAUAGGAUAAGGGAGGAGGAAUCUAAAUAGAGCCUGAAAUCCUCUGUGAGUUGAGAAGAUGAAAGAUGACCCAAAAAAGGGAACCCAGAGGACGUUAGGUGAUCUGAAACCAUGUCAUCUGGAAAAUAGUUAGAAGUCCUGGGCUGUUUAACUGGCAGUAGGGAAGACUGAGGGGCAAUAUGAAAACUGUCUUUAGAGAUUAGAAAAACUGUCAUGUUGAGCAGGGGUUGUUUGUGUUCUGUAUGGCCCUGAAAGACAGAGUUUAGGACAGCUGGAUGGAAAUGAGAGAAAGAGGAUUUUGGUGAAAUCCAAGGAAACACUUUCUAGCAGUCAUGGUUGAUCAGGCUGGAGUGGGCAGCCUUUCUCAGCUGGCGGAUGAAGGCACUGAGCAAGCAUGCUGGGUUGUUGCUGAAGGAGCUUCUGUAGUGGCAAGUGACCAAGCUAAAUGGCAUCCAGGGUCCCUUUUACUCUUAAAGUUUUUCAUAGUUUGGUUUGCAUAGCUUGGCCUCCAUAAAAGGCAGCUGUUACCAAAUGACAGUACUUUUUGUUUGUUUGUUUGAGACGGAGUCUCGCUCUGUUGCCCCAGCUGGAGUGCAGUGGCACGAUCUCAGCUCACUGCAAGCUCUGCCUCCCGGGUUCAUGCCAUUCUCCUGCCUCAGCCUCCCAAGUAGCUGGGACUACAGGUGCCCGCCACCAUGCCCAGCUAAUUUUUUAGUAGAUAUAGGGCUUCACCAUGUUAGCCAGGAUGGUCUGGAUGUUCUGACCUCAUGAUCCACCCACCUCGGCCUCGCAAAGUGCUGGGAUUACAGGUGUGAGCCACCGCGCCUGGCCACCAACUGACAGUACUUUUAAGGCAUGUUGAGAAAAAUGAGUCCUUGAAGACCCCAACCUUUAAAAAACUGAGUAGACAAGGUUUUAAAAGAAAAUUUUCCCUAUGCUUAACACGCAGUUUGUGUGUGUGUGUGUGUGUGUGUGUGUAUUUAUUUGAGAUGGGGUCUUACUUUGUCACCUGGGCUGGAAUGCAGUGGCAUGAUCAUGGGUCACUGCAGCCUCGAACUCCUGGGCUCAAAUGAUCCUCCUGCCUCACCCUUCCAAAGCUCUGGGAUUACAGGCAGCAGCCACCAUGCUUGGCUUGUAUUUAUAUUUUUGUUUGGCUUCUCACCUCCGCGUGUCUUUUCUUGAAGGCAGGGACCAUGUCAUAUACAUGUUUUCAUGUUCUAGUAUGGUAGUAUGUGGAUACCAGGUGCUUCUUCAAUACCUAAGUGAAUGAAAGAUGUAUUAGUCUGUUUUCACACUGCUAUAAAAAACCACCUGAGACUGGGUAAUUUAUAAAGAGUAGAGGUGUAGUGGACAGUUCUGUAUGGCUGGGGAGGCCUCAGGAAACUUAUAGUCAUGGUGGUAGGUGAAGGGAAAGCAAGGCACGUUUGACAUGAUGGCAGGAGAGCGAGAGAGAGUGGGGAACUGCGACACACCUUUCAACCAUCAAAUCUUGUGAGAACUCACUCACUAUCACAAGAACAGUAUGGGGAAACCACUCCCAUGAUCCAAUCACCCUCACCAGGUCCCCCCUCGACACGUGGGGAUUACAAUUUAAGAUGAGAUUUGAGUGAGGUCACAGAGCCAAACCAUAUCACAAGGUGACUUGACCUGAGGAAGGGUUGGAAAACCUUCAUCUAGUGUUCGCCUCUCCCUCUUGUAUCCUGGGCAGACAUCACUAGUCAACCAUGGAGCUCUUCUCUACUGAGCCCAGUGGAGCUCUUCUCUACUGAGCCCAGUCUUAGCCAUGGAAUUCUUUGGAAAACACAGAUUCUAGACAAUCACUUUUAAUUAAUUACAGUUAGCACAGACACUGUCUGUUUGUCAUCCCAGAGCUAAAGGAAUGCUUAGGAUUCUCUAAGGCACAGUGACAACCUGUCCUAGUCACAGUCUACUUUGCUGACCAGCUGCUGAGAACCCAGCUGUCAUGUGCUUUCCAGAUGUAGGAGUUACAUGGGUAUUGCUGGCAUGCUGAUGGUUCAGCUGAGUGCCAAGGGGGACAUUUUGGGCCCCUGAAUGCUAGGGACGCCUUCUGGAUGAUGCACAUGAAAAGCUUUUUAGCUUGGAUGUGCCGUUGAUAUAGUACGUAGCAUUGCAACCAUAUAGGGUAGGGUUUGGGACACAAUCACAUCUCUGAACCCCCUUAUAUUUGGGUAGAUCUUGAUGCUGUAUUGGCUUCACCUCCUGACUCUUAGUGCCUAUUGGGUUCUCUGUGACAGGCUGUGAACAUUCUUUUUUUUUUUUUUUUUUUUUUUUUGAGAUGGAGUCUUGAUCUGUCACCUAGGCUGUAGUGCAGUGAUGUGAUCUCGGCUGACUGCAACCUCUGCCUCUUGGGUUCAAGUGAUUCUCCUGCUUCAGCCUCCCAAGUAGCUGGGACUACAGGCGCGUGCCACCACACCCAGCUAAUUUUUUUUGUAUUUUUAGUAGAGACAGGGUUUCACAGUGUUAGCUAGGAUGGCCUCGAUCUCCUGACCUCAUGAUCCUCCCGCCUCGGCCUCCCAAAGUACUGGGAUUACAGGUGUGAGCCACCGCGUCUGGCUGAGGCUGGGAACAUUCUUGAGUGAGAAUUCUCUUAUGGUGCAGUGGGAAGAGAAUGGGCAUGAGACUCAGCCCUUCUGAGCUCACCUGUUUCUGCCACCUGCCAGCUGUGUAGUCAUCUGGAUGUUACUUGUUACUUACCUUUAUCGGAUGUGGCUUCCUCCUGUUUAGGGUGGGAUGGCAACAUCCACCUCAAACCAUUGUUUGGAGGUUUAAUGAGACAACCUAGGUAAUGUGUCAAGCAUGUGAUGGAUAUAAACAAUUCCUAGCACCCAUAUAGGUCGACUGUGCACCAUGUGCUACUCCAAGCCCUCUACAUAUAUUAACUCAUUUAAUGCUCAUAACAACUUGAUGAGGUGGAUGAUAAAAGUAUCACCCUUAUUGGAUAAGAUGAGGAAACUGAGGCAUGGAGUAGCUAAUUCUACUCAGGGAGGGUCACACAGCUAAUAUUUGGUAAAGACAAGAUGCAGAUCAUAGAAGUCUGUGCUCUUAACUACUGUGCACCUGUUAGAGAUCAGUACCCAUUUCUCUGCCUAACUAUUGAUGCAUAUUUAUUGACCACCUGCCCCCUGAAAGAAACUGUGUUAGAUGCUGGGAGGAUACACAUAUUAGUAAGGUACAUUUAGGACUGAAUGAACAGGGCUAUGAAAUUGAGUGGGACAUAGUCCUAGGCCACAGAAAGCUUAUUAUCAGUUGGGGGGUGACAGGGAGGCGGAAAGGAUAGACCCAAGUAGUCCACAAAAAGGCAUGUCCCAUGGAAAUGACUGGUGUGCAUUAUCCUGCCAGGAAUCUCUGUGGGUAAAUUAUUAAAUAGACACUCUCUUUUAUAAAGCAGCCUCUUUUGGGUUGGCUCAGCAAGAGAACUGACUGAUGGGGGGCUUGCUCAGCACUUGAAUAGAUAUGAUUGAGUUUCUGAGCUUGCACACCUAGGGUGAGAUGCCAUGCCUGUGCUUUUCCCAGACAGCACACACUGUGGGAUGCCCUGCUGAAGUAGGGCAGACAAGCAGGAUCUUCUAGUCUCUUGUAGCCAAGGCCUCUCUCCUGAAGUUUAUGCCCAGGUCUGUGAUACACCUGCUGGAUGUUCAUACUUGGGAUGUGUGGCCAUCACCUCAAACACAGUCUUUCUGGAAUCAAACCCACCAUAAUAUUGCUAACUCUUAAGGGAUGAAUUGUCCACCCCCACCCCCAAAUUCAUAUGUUGAAGUCCUAACCCCACAUUACUU